AUGGUUUCGAGCUUAGAUAUGUACAUUAAGUUGAAUAAUCAAGGCAAAUCAUCGGACCAAAAAUAUUACCAGGUAACAAGAGGCACUGCCAGAUCUAAGCUUAAAGGCUAUGAUUGCCCUGAUUGCCAUGCCUUCUUUAAGGCCUUGGACGACAAUCAGCUAAGGGAAAUCUGUUCGAGGCACCGUUGCCGACACGAACCAUUGGGCCCCCAGCCGGAUAUAUUACCUAUAAACAACAUACUUACUACAGUUAAUCAAAAUGCACCAGAUACAGUUAGCGAUAUGUCUAACAGCGAUCGUUCUAGACGUGUAACUUAUGGGUUCAGUAAUGAGGAUAAAGUAUUUGAUUUUUAG